CUCACACUCGGAGAGCUGAAGAUCUGUUAGUGGAGAUGGGCCUGCGCUGGCUGUGGAGGAAUCGGGUGAGCGCUUUACUGGCGGCGCUGCUGGUCUUCCUGCUGCUGACGCUCCUGGCCACACACUCCCUGCAGAACAACAGAGCUCAUGAACUGAGACCUACAUCAGACAGAAGGAGCCAGAGAAAAACCGCUGAGAAACACACUCCAAUCCCACACCAACCGGCCAAACACACACCGACCGCCAGAGCCGAGCGCCGCAGGAGAGCUCAGCCGCCCGUGGUCUUCCUGAAAACACACCGGACCGGCAGCAGCACCGUGCAGAACAUACUGUUUCGGCUCGGGGAACAAGAGAGCGCCACUUUCGCCUUUCCGCACCGCACCUACCAGUUUAACUAUCCAGACAGAUUUAGAGCGGCGUUUGUGGACGAGCUGCCCGAGGGUUCGUCUCAGUUUGACUUGCUGUGCAGCCACAUGCGUUUGGACUUGACCCAGGUGAGGAAGGUGAUGCCCCAGAACACAGUCUUCAUCACGCUGUUACGAGACCCGAUCGAGACCUUCGAGUCGGUCUUCAGAUACCACACCUCCAGCGUCCCGGCGUUCCUCAGCGCACACCGAGCCGCCGCCAGCGAAGGCAAACCCGCGCUCAAGGCGUUCCUGGACUCUCCGGAGACCUUCUGGGACCCGAAGGAACCAGGGAAUGGACUAGCCAAGAACCCCAUGAGCUUCGACAUGGGGCUCAACAACCAAAAGUGGAACGGCUCCUGGCCGGAGGACCUUGCGCAACUAGAGGAUGCGUUUCACCUGGUGAUGAUCGCCGAGCAUUUCGACGAAUCCCUGGUUCUGUUAGGAGCUCUUCUGGGAUUGGAGCACGAGGACUUGGCUUACCUUCGGCUCAACGCUCGUGCCAAAAACAGCGUGACCGAGCUGGAUGAGAACAUGCGGGCGAAAGUGCGCUCGUGGAACGUCCUGGACACGCUUCUCUACGACUUCUUCGCGCAGGUGUUCUGGGAGAAGGCGGGUCAGUUCGGGUUGGACAGGUUGAAAGCCGAGGCGGAGAAACUCAGGGAAUCUACGGAGAGGAUUCGGCGGAGAUGCGUCUCCAGGGAGUCGGUUCCCCCGGCGGAGCUCGAGGAUCUGUUGCGCCCGCGGCAGACGGAGUCGGUCACCAUCGUGGGGUUCGAGGUGCGGGGGAACCUCUCGCUGCAGGAUCAGGGGUUCUGCGUGCGGAUGAUGCUGCCUGAGCUUCAGUAUCACUCGCACUUGUACUUCAAGCAGUACGGGAGAGAUAUGAGAGCCGCUCCGGCCGACUGAACCCUCAAAUGGUCUUGUUUUGGGUGCUUCAGAAGUGACUCUUCGCAG